AUGUAUGGAAAUAAUCGUGAUAUAUUUUACAAAGCGUCAUGUGACUACAGCUCGCCUCUUAUGCAUGAAGGCUCUCGUCUCAGCCAGUUUACGUUUGUGCAGCUGAUGUCUGGCUACGCAACACACGGCGACAUCAAAAGCUGUUCACCAGACCCAUUUUCGCCGGGAAUUUGUCCCAAUCCAAAGAGUCCUGAUAAUGGAAAGGUCAAAUUGCAGCGUCCAGUGGCCACAUUCACAUGCAACGAAGGGUACAAGUUGAACGGACGUAGAACAAUGCGAUGGACUGUUUUUGGUUGGAGUCCUAGAUAUUCGCCUACAUGCACACCGUGGUGUCCGAAGUUAGAGAAUCCUGAGAACGGAGUCGUCAACCAGACUGCUCUAAAUGCCCAAUACUCGUGCAACAGAGGAUACAAACUGGAGGGUCGAAGUGAUAGACGUUGUUUUCAAGGUCACGGCUGGAAUCUUUGCCAACCAGUGUGUUUAAAAAAGUGUCCUAUUCCUGUCGAUCCUGAAAACGGUCAUGCUGAUGUAGACUUAGAGAACGACAUAGCUGUCUACUAUUGCAACGAUGGGUAUCGGGCGAAGGGAGAUUCUCUAAUUCGAUGUAAUGAAUCUCGUCAAUGGGAUGGACCUCUCAUAGAAUGCGUAAAAUUGCCUCCCAAGUGUUCAAAGUUGACCAAUCCUGCUCAUGGCCUAGCCAUCAUGGGGCUAGGUAACUACUCUGUAAGAUACUUGUGUGAAAAUCCGUACUACUUGCAUGGAAGCGAAAAUCGGCAUUGUAUCAAUGGCAGCUGGACUGUUUGCCGACCAUUUUUGAUGGCUCCCAAAUUUGGUGAAGUCAAUACGGAUGUUCUAACUGCCACGUAUUCGUGCUCCAAGGGAUACUACCUUUAUGGACAGUCGGAGUUAAAAUGUAUUAACGGAGAGUGGGUUGGAUAUCGUCCAGUUUGCGUCAAAGAGAGUAAAUACGUGGCAGAAUGCACCAUCCCAGGACCGAUUGCUCAUGGUGGUAAUCACUUACUAUCCGGAGAUGAAGUCUAUUAUUACUGUUACCUAGGUUAUGUAAUGGAUGGUAAUCGUAAAGUGGUGUGCACAAACGGCAAAUGGAGCACUUUUCCAAAGUGUUACAGAAAAUAA